GCUGCCCAGGCGGAGAAGAAACAGGGCUGGACCUCAGAGCCGGUCCAAGCUUUUUUUUUAGGUCCCCAAGGAGAUUUUCAUUUGGGGGCCCCUAAACUUUGUCAACACCAGAUCUGCUUUAUCACUGCAAAGCUACUCAGUGUGUGCGACAUACGUGUUGUCAUUAGCAUCACUUGCAAUUUGCUUAGAUCAUACCAGGAGUAGCAAACUUUUAAAAAAGGUGCAUUUUGAAAUGCAGCAUGGGACAGCCAGCGGCGGGGCUUAUCGAGGCCUGCUCACCGCUCACUCCCGUCGUCUCCGGGAUCCGCAUCUAGUCCCCGCCCACGCGGCGGACGCUGUGGUCCGUUACGAGCUAAUAUCAGCUCGACAGUUUUACCUCCGGCAGACACCGAGGAGCUGCACGGCUGGAAAGGUCUCCUGAAAGGACCCAGCGGUUGCAGUGACAUGGGCAGCCAACGUUCCUUCACACCCUGCAGAGCGAACACCAGAGUCCCCCCUCAAGUGCCGAGCAGAAAAUGACUCAGCGGAAUGGAAUCAGGGGCUCGAGUGAUCCCAGUCUCCACUCGGAGACCUUCGACCUGGCCAACGGUUUGGACCAGGGGCAGGAGGCGGCUGCUGACUGUGAGCGAGGGCAGGGGAAUGAAAGCGGAGACCCCGUCGCUAUAACGGGAGGAGCUGUCACCGCUCCGGAUGGCGGCUGGGGCUGGGUGGUGCUGGUUGCAACCAUCCUGGUCCUGGCCAUGACCCUGGGCUUUCCCUCCUGUGUGGGGAUCUUCUACACAGACCUGCAGAACGAGUUCCACGCCUCCAACAGCGAAACGUCCUGGGUGCCGUCCAUCAUGACGUCGGUGCUUCACGCAGGAGGUCCGUUCUGCAGCGUGCUGGUGGGGAAGCUCGGCUGCAGGGUCACCGUCAUGUUGGGCGGGGUCCUGAGCGGACUCGGAAUGGCCGUCAGCUCGUUUACCAACUCCAUCGCCGAGCUUUACAUCACCACUGGAGUGAUUACAGGACUUGGCUUCUGCUUCAGUUUCCAGCCGGCUGUCACCAUCCUGGGUCACUACUUUGUGCGUCGGCGAGCGUUUGCCAACGCCAUGUCCUCCACGGGAACGGCCCUGGGACUCUGCACUCUGCCUUUCCUGGGAAGCUACCUCCACUCAGAGUUCGGCUGGAGGGGCAGCUUUCUCAUCCUGGGCGCCGUCCUGCUGAACUGCUGCGUGUGCGGCGCUGUGAUGCGGCCCCUUCAGCCCAAAAAGCAUCGCGGCCAGCCGCUGAUGGGCCGCACACCUCCGCCGUCAGAAAAGCAGACGAAGCGGGAAUCGAGGCUUAGGACCGCCUGGAGGUUUUUGGUGGCCUCCGUCAAAGAACACAUGGCCUUCGAUCAGUUCCUCAACAACCGGCAUUACCGUGUGUUUGCCAUAGGCAUCACUUUUAUGAUGCUGGGCUUCGUGGUGCCGCUGAUAUAUCUGGUUCCGUACGCCACAGCCCACGGCAUGGAGCCGACCCGGGCCGCGCUGCUGCUCUCCAUCCUGGGUAUCGUUAACCUUGUGGUGCGGCCGCCGUUCGCCAUCAUAUUCAACAUGCCCUGGUUCAAAGGGCGCCACGUUUAUGUGUUUGCCUCCGCCUUGCUCUUCAACGGGCUCAGUAACUGCAUCUGCUGCAUCGGGGCCGGAUUCCCCGUGCUGGUGGGUUAUGUGGUCAUGUACGGACUUUCGAUGAGCGUGGUCGGGUCGCUGAUGUUCACCGUCCUGAUGGAUAUAGUGGAGAUGAGGCGGUUCCCGUCGGCGCUGGGGCUGCUCGCCGUCAUGGAGAGCAUCACGCUUCUUAUUGGACCUCCGCUGGCAGGGGUCCUGGUGGACAGCACGCAACAAUAUUUCUACGUCUUUAUCGCCUGCAGUGCCGUUGUUGCCUCCUCUGCUCUGUUCCUGAUGCUGUCCUUCCUCUGGCUGGACAAAAAGGAGAGGAGGGCGUCGCAGCAGGGUCAGCUCUCUGCUCAGCCCGAAACGCAGAAACCUGCGGCCGACGCCUCUCCUGCCUGCGAGUACAGCGACCGGCCCUAGCAGGGAGACGAGGCCUCAGCCUGGGGACGGAGCGUAUCACCAGCCUGUGAACCUGCUGCCACUGUGUCCAUGUCGCAAACUCGGAGCUCCGGCAGUUUUGCAGAUUAUUCCUGGUAUUUGGAGCAGCCUGCCAGUGAAAUACUUGGAAUGACUUUCACUAGCUGCGUUUCCAUUGACCGUAUAAUUGUGCACUUUGGAAUUGCAAAAGGAAAUUUGCUUCAUAUGAAAAGAAGCUCACAUUUUUGGAGAAAAAGUUUUUGCACUAGGAUGAGGUUGCUUUUUUCAGCCGUAUCAUAAUUGGUGUAUUUUGAAAAACUGAAAAGGAAAAAUUUUUUUUUCGCAUCACACGAGUCAUGUGAUCAACCAACAGAUGUUAUUACUGGCGGAUUAGACGAAGACAACGACAGGAAGUGGUAGCAUGAGGAUGAUGCCGCGGCAUGUUUUU